UUUCACAGCCUCAGAAAAUACAACAUCAUACGUAGGCUAGACUAUGAACCACACCAUGUUUUCGCAUAUCUCAAAUUAACUUACUUUUAUUUAUUAUCUAAACAAACAAACAAAUUAGCAAAUAUGCCCAAACUAACGCUCAUCGAAUUGUGCUUCUGGCUUUAUGUGGCGCAAAAUGUGGUUUCCGGAGAUCUUUAUCAUGAAGUGGGAGGUGAGCUCGUGUUGACGCCGGACAAGUCCACAGUGCCUAACUCCAUCACAAGCAUCCUAUGGAAGCAUGAGAAGUACAAGGUGGCAGAGUGGGACAAGGAUUUUGGUGGUCUGGACAUCUAUGGUGCCUUCAAAGAGCGUACAACCCUGGACCAGAAUACUGGAGAGCUGAGAAUCAGUGGAUUGAUGACAACAGACAGUGGAGUUUAUUCUGUGGAGUUCAACAGCAAACUACUUGACAAGACAUAUAAACUCUCUGUUAUCAAGGCAGUCCCCAAACCCACCAUCACUUCCUCCUGUAACCCAGACAAAACCUCCUGCACUCUGACCUGUGAAGGUGACACCACUGAUGCUGAACCAGUCACCUACAGCUGGAAAGUGGGAGAGGGGGCAUGGGAGGUCUUAGACAAACAGCUGAUUUUCUCUAAGAGCAACACUGGCAAAUCAAACAGCGGUUACAAUUACAUCUGCAAGCUGAAGAACGCUGUUAGUGGGGAAGUCAGUGAGCCAGUUGGAGAGGUGUUUGGUUCAGAGUAUCCUUAUCAUGAAGUGGGAGGUGAGCUCGUGUUGACGCCGGACAAGUCCACAGUGCCUGACUCCAUCACAAGCAUCCUAUGGAAGCAUGGGAAGUACAAGGUGGCAGAGUGGGACAAGGAUUUUGGUGGUCUGGACAUCUAUGGUGCCUUCAAAGAGCGUACAACCCUGGACCAGAAUACUGGAGAGCUGAGAAUCAGUGGAUUGAUGACAACAGACAGUGGAGUUUAUUCUGUGGAGUUCAACAGCAAACUGCUUGACAAGACAUAUAAACUCUCUGUUAUCAAGGCAGUCCCCAAACCCACCAUCACUUCCUCCUGUAACCCAGACAAAACCUCCUGCACUCUGACCUGUGAAGGUGACACCACUGAUGCUGAACCAGUCACCUACAGCUGGAAAGUGGGAGAGGGGGCAUGGGAGGUCUUAGACAAACAGCUGAUUUUCUCUAAGAGCAACACUGGCAAAUCAAACAGCGGUUACAAUUACAUCUGCAAGCUGAAGAACGCUGUUAGUGGGGAAGUCAGUGAGCCAGUUGGAGAGGUGUUUGGUUCAGAGUAUCCUUAUCAUGAAGUGGGAGGUGAGCUCGUGUUGACGCCGGACAAGUCCACAGUGCCUGACUCCAUCACAAGCAUCCUAUGGAAGCAUGGGAAGUACAAGGUGGCAGAGUGGGACAAGGAUUUUGGUGGUCUGGACAUCUAUGCUGCCUUCAAAGAGCGUACAACCCUGGACCAGAAUACUGGAGAGCUGAGAAUCAGUGGAUUGAUGAAAACAGACAGUGGAGUUUAUUCUGUGGAGUUCAACAGCAAACUGCUUGACAAGACAUAUAAACUGUCUGUUAUCAAGGCAGUCCCCAAACCCACAAUCACUUCUUCCUGUAACCCAGACAAAACCUCCUGCACUCUGACCUGUGAGGGUGACACCACUGAUGCUGAACCAGUCACCUACAGCUGGAAAGUGGGAGAGGGGGCGUGGGAGGUCUUAGACAAACAGCUGAUUUUCUCUAAGAGCAACACUGGCAAAUCAAACAGCGGUUACAAUUACAUCUGCAAGCUGAAGAACGCUGUUAGUGGGGAAGUCAGUGAGCCAGUUGAAGAGGUGUUUGGUUCAGAGUAUCCUUAUCAUGAAGUGGGAGGUGAGCUCGUGUUGACGCCGGACAAGUCCACAGUGCCUGACUCCAUCACAAGCAUCCUAUGGAAGCAUGGGAAGUACAAGGUGGCAGAGUGGGACAAGGAUUUUGGUGGUCUGGACAUCUAUGCUGCCUUCAAAGGCCGCACAACCCUGGACCAGAAUACUGGAGAGCUGAGAAUCAGUGGAUUGAUGAAAACAGACAGUGGAGUUUAUUCUGUGGAGUUCAACAGCAAACUGCUUGACAAGACAUAUAAACUGUCUGUUAUCAAGGCAGUCCCCAAACCCACCAUCACUUCCUCCUGUAACCCAGACAAAACCUCCUGCACUCUGACCUGUGAAGGUGACACCACUGAUGCUGAACCAGUCACCUACAGCUGGAAAGUGGGAGAGGGGGCAUGGGAGGUCUUAGACAAACAGCUGAUUUUCUCUAAGAGCAACACUGGCAAAUCAAACAGCGGUUACAAUUACAUCUGCAAGCUGAAGAACGCUGUUAGUGGGGAAGUCAGUGAGCCAGUUGGAGAGGUGUUUGGUUCAGAGUAUCCUUAUCAUGAAGUGGGAGGUGAGCUCGUGUUGACGCCGGACAAGUCCACAGUGCCUGACUCCAUCACAAGCAUCCUAUGGAAGCAUGGGAAGUACAAGGUGGCAGAGUGGGACAAGGAUUUUAGUGGUCUGGACAUCUAUGGUGCCUUCAAAGAGCGUACAACCCUGGACCAGAAUACUGGAGAGCUGAGAAUCAGUGGAUUGAUGACAACAGACAGUGGAGUUUAUUCUGUGGAGUUCAACAGCAAACUGCUUGACAAGACAUAUAAACUCUCUGUUAUCAAGGCAGUCCCCAAACCCACCAUCACUUCCUCCUGUAACCCAGACAAAACCUCCUGCACUCUGACCUGUGAAGGUGACACCACUGAUGCUGAACCAGUCACCUACAGCUGGAAAGUGGGAGAGGGGGCAUGGGAGGUCUUAGACAAACAGCUGAUUUUCUCUAAGAGCAACACUGGCAAAUCAAACAGCGGUUACAAUUACAUCUGCAAGCUGAAGAACGCUGUUAGUGGGGAAGUCAGUGAGCCAGUUGGAGAGGUGUUUGGUUCAGAAGGGAACCAUGAAGAAGAGCUUGGAGUGGGCAAGGGGGAGGCUGAUAAAGCAGCAGAGAAGACCUGAUUCAUCAAGUAUCAUUAAGCCCAAUCAAAUAUCCAAUGUCAUUAAAACAUGUAUCCCAAUUUACAGUCAAGCAACAUUUGUCAGUUGUGUUAAUGUUAUGAACUACAAACAAUCUAUGGUUCUUGGAGUCAAUGAAUCAAUUGAAAGUGACUACAAUUAGACAUUUUAAAACUGUCAGUAAAGAUGACAAAAAAAGUAAUCUGCUCUUAUGGUUCUGUUUACAUUUCUUUAGACACUUCAAUCCGACACUCUUGUUAAUGUUUGACGUCAGGCAAAACGUCUUCAGCCACCGAAGGACGGAGAGCCGCUGGUUGGCAUUUUUGACUGCAGUGUCUGUGUGGGUGUACCAGAAAAGGACGUUAGAAGUUAGGUCCCCAUGAUAUCGAAGCUUCUUACCAUCUCCACUGCAGCCCAGUCGAUAUCAAUUUUAAAAACUGGAACAAUAGAUAUCGUGUAGCAAAAAUGUCACUGGAACAACUCCAGUGUGCCUAUUCUCCCAACAAAUGUCAAUUAUACAUUUUCACAUAUGUCAGAGUGCAUUUUCUUUUACAGCUCUGCUUUCAACGCCAUCCUGACCCACAAACUGGUUAGCAGACUCAGGGCUCUGGGUGUAAACCCUGUAAUAACAAAUUAGAUUUUUUACAUUAUCACAAGAAUGUGUAUCCCCAGAAUGGACCCGACACUACCAUGGUACACCUGAUCACAAGUACAUGAAGGAGCUGUGGGACCUGACAUAAUGGUGAUAGGACAACAGUCUCAGCAUAAGCAAAACAAAGUAGAUGGUGGUACUUGACCGUUCUCCCAUCUACUGUACAUUGACAUGGAGAUGAUCAGCAGCUUCCAGUUCCUGGGUACCCUGAUAUCCUUUUCUGCCCUCAGUUACUUCACUCAAAGUCCCACUUGUGCUUCUCCACUACCCUCAAACUUGCGGCACCACGACCUAUGUACCAAGUACAGUGUGUUUUUAUUGCCAUAACAUGUAAAUGAAAUGUCCAUAUUUACUGUAAGAUGUAUUUAUGGUAACAUUGCACAUUGUAACAUAGUCCCUUGACAUACAUGACUUAACUACUUUGCAUAAUUCUCAGUUUACCCACUCUAAGAAAUCAUACAUAUAUUAAAGCUGCAUUAUGUAUUACUGUGUCCAAUU